AGCCUCAUCCACGCAACCCUGAAACCCAUCUGCUCGCCUCCCUUCUCCACCCUUUAUCUGCUUCUCCUCGCGCUAUUCCAAUCCCAGCAUGGCCUCUAAUGCUGCUAAUCUCUGGGUACUGCUGGGGCUCGGCUUGGCCGGAAUUCUGCUUGUGACGAGGAAGCUCAAGAAGAGUAUCAAAGAAGACUUUGGAGCUUUCAUCCAAAAGUUGGAGCUCCUUCCGCCGCCUCAACCCGCUCCUCCCAAGGCCCCUCACCCCCUCACCGGUCUCACUUUUGCCGUCUCCGACCUGUUUGACAUUGAAGGAUAUGUGACUGGAUUUGGUCAUCCAGACUGGGUGAGGACACAUGAAGCAGCCUCUCGGACAUCAGCUGUGGUUUUGACUCUAGUAGAAGGAGGUGCAACUUGUGUUGGGAAAACUGUUGUGGAUGAACUGGGAUAUAGUAUAAGUGGAGAGAAUAGGCAUUAUGGGACACCAACCAAUCCUGUGGCAACUGCACGCAUACCAGGUGGAUCCUGUAGUGGAGCUGCUGUUUCAGUAGCUGCAAACUUUGUUGAUUUUUCUUUAGGUGUUGAUACUGUUGGUGGUGUGAGAGUACCUGCUGCUUUUUGUGGUGUCAUAGGAUUCCGACCAUCACAUGGGGCUGUUUCUCACACAGGAAUUAUACCUAUUUCAACAAGUCUUGACACUGUCGGUUUGUUUGCUAAGGAUUCAAAUAUUCUACGUCGAGUUGGCCACGUGCUUCUGCAACUUCCAUUUGCAGCUCAACGCAGUCCUAGGCAAAUCAUAGUAGCUGAUGAUUGUUUUCAGCUACUAAAGAUUCCUGUGGACAGGGUUGCUCAGGUGGUGAUUAAAUCCACUGAGAAGCUUUUUGGAAGACAAGUGUUAAAGCAUGAAAGUGUGGAGAACUACUUCAAUUCUAAGGUUCCAAGCUUGAAAGAGUUUCAUAGCCAGAAAAUAAAUGGCAAAUCAAAACCUUCAUCAAUAAGAUUGCUUGCAAAUAUUUUGCAGCUUCUUCAAAGGCAUGAAUUCCAACAUAAUCAUGGGGAAUGGAUUAGUUUGGAAAAGCCUGUUCUUGAUUCUACACUCUCUGCACAAACAAAUGAGAUAUGUGAGAUGACAGAUAGACAGAUUGAAAUCUGCAAAUUGAUUAGGAAUGAGAUGCGCUCAGCUAUCAAUUCACUUUUGAAGGAUGAUGGUAUUUUGGUCAUUCCUACAACAGCUUAUCCUCCUCCAAAACUUGGUAGCAAGGAGAUCCACUCAGAGGAUUACCAGAACCAUCUUUUUAGCCUUUUGAGCAUUGCUAGCAUAUCAGGUUGCUGUCAGGUUACUCUACCUCUUGGAUAUCAUGAAAAAUGCCCUGUUUCUGUGUCUCUCAUAGCCAGGCAUGGUGGUGAUCGCUUUUUGCUGGAUACAGUGCAGACCAUGUAUCAUUCUCUACAAGAACAGGUUGAUGCUGUUGCCAAGUCAAAACCAUCACGUAAUGUUGUGAACCAGGAACAAUCUGCUGAGAUGGCAAAAGAGAAGGGCAAUCAGGCAUUCAAGGAGAAGCAGUGGCAAAGGGCUAUUGGGUUCUAUACUGAAGCUAUCAAACUUAGUGGCAAUAAUGCAACCUAUUACAGCAACAGGGCAGCAGCAUAUCUUGAGCUUGGAAGUUACCUUCAAGCUGAAUCAGAUUGUACCAAAGCUAUUGAGCUUGAUAAAAAGAAUGUAAAGGCCUAUUUAAGGAGAGGCACCGCUAGGGAGAUGCUUGGUUACUACAAGGAGGCAAUUGAGGAUUUUAACUAUGCAUUGGUCCUUGAGCCCACCAAUAAAAGAGCAGCCGUUUCUUCUGAGAGAUUAAGGAAGGUGUUUCAGUAGCUGAACGAAGAUGAUCUAGUUUUUUCUCACCACGGUGUCAGAGAUCUAGGUCUCAUCUUUGCAGCUUAAUUGAUUCUGCUGCAUUAAGGGGACCAAAUUCUAUCAAUUGCCUCAAACACAAGGGUUCUUUAAAACAUAUUUUGGAUUCAGGACAGUCUACACCUUGUGAAGGUCUGAAAAGAUUUCAUUGUUUGAUCUGAGCAGUUAUCAAAAUUUGUAAGUAUAGUCCAAUUUUGGUUUUCUAGAAUAUUAUAUCCACCAGCAGGAUCAAGUUGAGUUUUUUGCAUAGAAUGCCUUCUACGAUCUUCCAUCUUUUGCAAUUGUUCUUCGCCAGUUACAUUCAGUUAAUAAGAGUUGGGAAAUGCA